CCCUGCGAUCUCCCUCUUUCUCCCAGCCCUGCGAUCUCCCUCUUCUCCCUCACUCUUCUCCCAUCUUCGCCCCCCAGGACCCAAACGAUUAACAAACGGUGCCUCAAGGAUUUCAGACUGCCCCAGUAACAGAUAAAUCAGUUUUAUAGAUUUCUUCUAUGCUGUACUGUCCUUGUCUCCCGUUACUCCAUCACCCAGUUAUUUACUUACUCACUCUCUCUCUCUUUCAUCACUUCACUUCUUUGCCCAAUAUAUACCCAGCUUCAGAGAUGGUAGCGAGAUUGUGUUUGUUUUUUUUUCCUUUUAGACCUGACCGUUAUUUGAUUUCCAAACGCCAAACUCGCCGGAAUCUUACUUUCAUUUCAGACAGUCCCAGAUUUUUCUUUUCUCAGAUUAAACUUGGAAAGAAAGGCUGCCUCAACAGUUCUUGAAAAAGAUAAUUAUUUGGAUUGGAGUGAUUGGGUAAAAUCUUAUUUGAUGGCUCAAGAUCAUUUGAACAUUGUUGAAUUAACCACUGAACCUCAUAAGCAAGAAGAUGAUGAAGCUGUUUCAAAGGAUGAGAACAAGAAGAAUUUCAUGGCUUUACAAGCUAUUCAAAAUUCUCGUCGGCCAGAUACAGUACUUAUUGAGAUUGAGGCGAUUCAUUCUGCAAAUAUUGCUCGGAAUAUGCCCAACAAUAUUAACACAGGGAGGGAAAACAAUCGACAUUUUGAUCAAUAUAAAAGCUUUGUUAAGGAUGUGCAACUUGGAUUUUGGCCGGAUGUACAGUCCUUCAUUUCGAAGUAUCCCAACGCAGUGAAUGAGAAGAUAACAGAUCAGGGCAAGACAGCUCUUCACAUUGCUGUUGAUGCGAGACAUGAUAGUAUAGUGAAGAAGCUAGGGGAUCAAAUGUCGAUAGAAAGCUUGGCAAUACAAGAUAAUGAUAGUCGGACAGCUCUUCACAUUGCUGCUGCAGUGGGACAUGAGGAUAUAGUGGAGGUGCUGGUACAUAAAAUGUGGACAGAAAGCUUAGAAAUACAAGAUAAGAAUGGUUGGACAGCUCUAGCUGAGACAGCUUUUGCUGGUAACUACCGGAUGGCAAAGUGCAUGCUUACAAAGAACAUGCACUUGGCCAGCAUUGGAGACAUGGAUGGACGUCUUCCGGUUGUUCUUGCUAUUGAAGGUGGUUAUAAAAAAUUGGCUUGCUAUCUCUAUACUCUCACUCCGCGGGAAGAUCUAAAAGGCAUCUGCGGUGCUACACUUUGUACGAAGGCUAUAUAUACCCGGACGUUAGCUAUUGCUUUGAAUUUACUCCGGAAUGAUAUGCAUUUGGCUCUUGCUCUAAACAAAGAGAAGGUCUCCCCUUUGUAUGCCUUGGCUUCUACACCUAACGCAUUCCCAAGUGAAAAUCAGCUUGUGUUUUGGAAACGAUGGAUCUACUCUCGUAUACGCAUUGACUGGGAGGAUAUGUUUCGUUCGAAGAAGAUUGAAGAAGUAGAAAGGCGCCAAGGAUCCGGUAUGUUUUUGCCCAAAAUUUCUCUCCCUUAUGUUUGGGUGGUUAAAAUGAGAAUCGUAAUUUUGGCAACUUCAUUUUUUCCGUUGUGAUAAAAUAAUAAAACAACAGACAGUAAUCCAGUAACGACUUUUAUUUUUUAUGCUGGCAA